GUCACCUAGAAGACAGUUGUGGGACGCUACCUAAUGUUCUAAACGGCAAGAUCACUGGAAGAAAAACAAGAGAUUCAUUUAUGGUCGAAUGCAACACUGGCUAUGAAUUGAAAGGAGAUAACCCUGUUUUAUGCAACUUAAGCGGGAACUGGAAUCAGAUGCCAUCCUGUGAGCCAAUCGCUUGCGGAGUUCCAAGUAUUCCGAGAAAUGGUAGCAUAUGUAAAAUGAAAGGGGAUGGCUUCGGGGCGACCGUCAUAAUGGAAUGUGAGGAAGGGUUCUAUAUAAGCGGUAAUCCUGUUGUUACUUGUUCAAGUAAUGGAAUGUGGACUCCAGUUCCAUCGUGUGAAAUCAUUGCGUCUUGUACCAGUGAUAGAGCAAAUGAUUUUGGAUUGAAGAAUGUUGCCCUAGGGAAAAAGGUCAUCCUUAGUUCACAGAAUAACCCUACUGUACCUGGAAGGCUCAUGGUCACACCAGAGUAA